AUGAUCAAGCCUGCCAACACGGCCAGGCCAGCUGCUGUCGAGCCAGCAAUGAUUCCUGCUUUUGCUCCUGUCGAUAACCCAUCAUCUUCGUCUACCCUAUCACUCCCCGUCCGCGACGACUCGGCAUCGCUCCCGGACGUGGCCGUUUCCACUGGUGCGCUUUUGACGGUGGUUCCUGGGGGUGAUGUCGAUGUGAUGAACGAGGCGGGCGCUGAGGUCAGAGUCGAAACUGUAAUUGAGAUUAUGGUUGCAGUUGCAGUCGCCUUGGUCGGUCUCGCCGUACCAGUAAAGCCGGCAGCCGAAUAG